AUGUAUUCUAUUCGUUAUCUAUCACCGUUGGUGAUAUUAUUUACAUCAAUUAGCCUUGUUCAUGGAGCAAAUAAUUUAAUCCAAUAUAAUAACUCAAUAGAACUAUCGUUAUUAUCUUCUAAUUCAUGCUCAAAAAUUCGCUCGAAUUGUACUCAAGAUGGUUUAAUUAUUCCUCUAUGGCAACCUCAAGACAACAUAUCGACUGGUGAUCGAAUCUCACGUGCUAUUGUUUAUUUAUUAGCACUUAUUUACUUGUUUAUUGGUGUUGCUAUUAUAUCAGAUCGUUUUAUGGCUUCAAUUGAAGUAAUAACAUCACAAAAACGUGAAAUUCGUAAAAAAAACCCCGAUGGUACAGUAUCGGUAACGACUGUAGCGAUAUGGAAUGAAACAGUAUCAAAUUUAACUUUAAUGGCAUUAGGUUCAUCAGCACCGGAAAUUCUUUUAUCAAUUAUUGAAGUUGUAGGAAAAAAUUUUCAUAGUGGAGAUCUUGGUCCUGGUACAAUUGUUGGUUCGGCAGCAUUUAAUCUAUUUGUUAUUAUUGCUAUAUGUAUCAUGGCUAUACCAACCGGUGAAAUUCGUCGUAUACGCCAUCAACGUGUCUUUUUUGUUACGACAGCUUGGUCCAUUUUUGCAUACAUAUGGUUAUGGGCUAUUGUAGCAAAAAUAUCUCCUGGUUAUAUUGAAGUAUGGGAAGGAACAUUAACAUUUUUAUUUUUCCCAUUAACUGUUUUUUCGGCGUAUAUUGUUGAUACGAAAGUUGGUCAAUUUAUACGUAUACGUAUAACAGAAAGAAAACAAGUUCUACAACUAGACAAUCAUACAUCAACACAAAUACCAUUAACACUUGAUCAUGGAGGAAAUAUUGAUGAUAGUGAACAAAAAAGUAUGAUGGAUGGUACAAUACGAAAUUCGGCAACACCGAGCGUAAAUGAUUUAUAUGGAAAUAAAGCAAAUUCAAUACAAAAAUCAAUCUCAGGUGCUGUAUUUGAUCAAUUAGGUAGUACAACAGGUGGUCUAGAUGAAACAACGAUAAGUGAUCAAAUCGAAGCGCAACGUAGACAAGAAUUUAUUGAUAUAUGGCGUGAACUACGUAAACUACAUCCAAAUACUGCUCUGCAAACAUUGAAUGAUAUGGCUGCAGUUGAAAUGAUGAAUCGUGUACCAAAAUCUCGAGCUUACUAUCGUAUUCAAGCAACCAAACGUUUAGGUGGUGGUGGAAAUGUAAAAAAGAAAUUAUUAGAACAAUUAAAUGAGCCAAAUCAAAUCGCUGUGCCAGAAAAACAACAAUUAAUUUCUGAUACAACGCCCCAUAUAAGUAAAAUACGUUUCGAACCAAACCAUUAUACGGUGUUAGAAAAUGCUGGUUAUGUUUCAUUACAUGUAUUACGUACGGAUGGAAAUUUAAGAAAUACUGUUUAUGUUGAUUAUACGACAGAAGAUGGUACAGCCACACAUGGGGCCGAUUAUGAACCUGCCGAAGGUACAUUAAUUUUCUAUCCAAUGGAAACACAUAAACAAAUUCAAGUGAAAAUUAUCGACGAUGAAAUCUUUGAAGAAGAUGAACAUUUCUCAGUUAAAUUAAGUAACCUUAAAAUCAAAGACAAUCAAGGACGUUUAACACCAGGUAUAUUCGACAAAAGUGUUCAAUUGGUUGAACCAUCAACAGCCGUUGUAAUGAUUAUUGACGAUGAUCAUUCCGGAAUGUUUGUUUUCGAUUCUGAUGAAGCAACGAUUGUAGAAUCAGAUCGUUUUAUGGAUAUUAAAGUUCUACGUACAUCAGGUGCUCGUGGUCGUGUACGUCUAACAUAUGCAACUGAAGAUGAAACAGCUGUAACGGGCCGAGACUAUGUUGCAAAUACGGGUGAAAUUACAUUUGAAAACAAUGAAAAUGAGAAGACAAUAACAAUUGAAAUAAUUGAUCGUGAUCAAUAUCACCGCAAUGAAACAUUUCUUAUUCGAUUAGGUGAACCAUUGUUAAUGAAUGACGAAAAUGAAAAAGAUAAUUUAGUUAUGACUGAAGAAGAAAAAUUAAUUGCUGAAUUGGGUAAACCAAAAUUAGGAGACAAAAAUAUAUUGCGUAUUCGUAUACGGGAAAGCAAAGAAUUUAAAAAUGCUGUUGAUAAAGCAUUAUAUAAAGCAAACACUGCUAUACUUGUGGGUACAUCAACAUGGUUAGAACAAUUUAAACAAGCAUUCAGUGUCAAAGAGGAUGACGAUGAUGAUGGUAAUGAAUCAGGAGACUCAGAUGGAAAUGAUGGAAAAUCUGCAACAUGUAAAGAUUAUAUGUUACAUUAUGUAUCAUUUUUUUGGAAAUUUCUAUUUGCUUUUGUUCCACCAACAAGUCUAGCUGGUGGAUGGGUUUGUUUUGUUGUAUCCAUCAUAAUUAUUGGUUUACUAACUGCUGUUAUUGGUGAUAUAGCAACACAAUUCGGUUGCACUAUUGGUCUUACCGAUACAAUGACAGCAAUUGCUUUUGUAGCAUUAGGAACAUCAUUACCGGAUACAUUUGCCUCGAAAGUUGCUGCUGAACAUGAUAAAUAUGCUGACAGUUCAAUAGGAAAUGUUAAUGGUUCAAAUGCUGUUAAUGUAUUUUUAGGUAUUGGUUUACCAUGGGCUAUGUCAGCAUGGUAUCACUUUUUUAAUGAUGAAAAAUUUGUAGUUGAACAAGGCUCAUUGGCAUUCAGUGUCACGGUAUUUUGUUCUUUUGCAGCUGUGGCUGUAAUCAUAUUAAUGAUAAGACGAUUAAAAUUCUUCGGCGGAGGAGAAUUAGGUGGUCCAUUUAAAUAUCGUGCUAUAUCAAGUGCGAUAUUUUUUUCACUUUGGAUUGCUUAUUUGAUAUUAAGUGGCCUUGAAAAUUACUGUCAUAUUAAUGUUUAA